GGGAGGUGGGACGUGGCUUGCGUUGAUGACGCGUGCCAUCGGGAGACAUUAGGACAGCCGAUGUAACCCACAUAACCGAGCAACAAAUGGUGCGUGUGCGCUGCGUGGGGACCUGAUGCUGGAGCAGGGGAAGAUGCCCCCCAAGACUGCAGCGUGGCUUUAAAGAUCUGCUGCAAAAUCCGCCACAGGAGCACGAGACGCGCCGUGUCAUCUGUUGAUCCGGAGGACUGGAGAUGUGUCCGACUUUGCACAGGUGAAGUUAGAGGAGAGUGAAAUGAUUCCAAAAUCAGGAAAAUCUCCGGCAGACUCGAGGAAAGGUGUCAGCAUCCAUGAUUUCGCAGCACUUGCCAGAUCCUCCUUCAAUGGUAUCUCUCAGGCAGUAAGGGACCAUGUGACGAAGCCCACCUCUCUGGCUCAGGGCCGAGUUGCCCACCUGAUAGAAUGGAAAGGAUGGCCCAAACCUGUGAGCCUGCCACUGGCUGCCCACUCCCACUUUAACUCCUACUGCCACCUGACUGAAGGAGAGAAGGAGGCCCGCUUUGCUGCAGGAGUGGCUGAGCAGUUUGAUAUCGCCGAGGCUAAACUGUGCGCGUGGGCGUCCAUGGAUGAUGAUGAUGACGAUGAUGAUGCUGAUGAGGAGGAGGAAGAUGGAGCACCUGCGGAUGGACAGACAUCUUGCAGACAGAGCUCAGACGCUGCCACGUUCAAUCCCGUGUCUGGAGGUCUGUGCCAGCCUGAGGUGGAAAGCAGUGAAGCCCUGCCCUCUUGUUCUCACCCGCUUUUUCGUUGCCCUGCCUCGCGCAGUGACCCACCAUCCUCCCAGACCAACUCUGCAUCCUUACACAGCGAAUGCAUGAGUCCGUUCCUGGAGGACGAGGAGGACGAGGCGGAGGAGGAGCAGGAGGGGCGGCCUGCUCCUUUACAGGGCCACCGCGGUGAGGUGUACAUCCACCAAAAGCCCGAGUGGCGGGCUCGGAGUCGGAGUAGCAGGUUCGACUCCUGCUACUCCACCUCCCACUCCGAGUCUCCUGGAGAGGAGGAUGAGGAGUACGAGGAGGAGGAAGGCAGCGUGUUCCAUGAGGUACGAGGGUGUCACCACAGCCCCAGAAGCUUCUUCUCUGACUGCGCCUCCUCGGGAGUGGCCUCAUUUGAUGAUGAGGAGGAGAAAGAUAAAGAUGAUAAGAGUGACGAGAAGGAGCGCCUGAUGUGAUGUGUUGUCCAUCGUGAUGUCGUUGAGUCGGUGUUGAUUUUGGAUGUGACAUCAUCUCUGCUGGUUUCACUGUACAUCCAUGGCAAGAUGUUUUUACAUUUAGAGAGAAGAUUCACAGGAACUAACGCAAAUAUGCAGCAGAAG